AUGGCAUCAGUGGUUUAUAUUGAGUCACCGGCUGGUGUCGGAUUUUCAUAUGCGACAGACGGUAAUAUAACAACCAGUGAUGAUCAGACUUCUCUGGAGAAUUAUGAAGCAGUGAAAGCAUUUUUCACGAAGUACCCGUCGUUCAGAAACCACUCGACCUAUAUUAUGGGUGAGAGUUACGGAGGCGUCUAUGUGCCCACGUUGAUAGCUCGAAUUAUCGAUGGAAUGAAAGAGUUCCAGAUCAACUUGAAGGUUCCAUUUUUUUGUUUUGUUGUCAUUGUUUUUGUUGUUUUUGCUGUUGUUAUUGUAAUUUUUCGAGUGGUUACUGUAUUGAUACUGUAA